AUGGAUAAAUUUGAAAAAUUAGCAUAUGGAUUUCAAACACUAGAUUGCUCAAAAAACUAUACGUUUGGUAGACCAUCAUAUCCAGUAGAAUCUGUAGAGCUACUAAAAGAAUUAGGUAUAGAAAAAGAUUCAUUAAUUUUAGAUCUAGCUGCAGGCACAGGAAAAUUUACACAGGUAUUGGCAAGAAAUGGUUUCAAUAAUAUUAUAGCUGUUGAACCUUCAUCUGGUUUUAGACAGGAAUGCAGUUCAGUAUUAAAUGAUAUUAAAGAAAAAGAAAAUAAAUUAUUAAAUUUUAAAGUUUUGGAUGGUUUAUCAACAUCAAUUCCAUUACCAGACAGCUCUGCCGAUUGUAUAACUGUAGCCCAUGCCUUUCAUUGGACUUCAAAUAUAGAAUCAAUGAAAGAGAUAUCAAGAGUAUUAAAACCAAAUGGUUUAUUAGUUAUAUUAUGGAUUAAAAGUGAUCCCAACAAAAACUCUCCGGAGUUGUUAAAAGAAAUUGUUCAACUCUAUAAAAAUUCAAAAUAUAAUGGAAAUAACGAUGGAAGAAAAAGCCCAACAGCCCACUUAUUAGAAAAUUGGAGAGAUGUAUUUGAUGAAAUAAAAUCAAACAAAGAGUUACAUUAUUUAAUAAACCCAGAUUUAAUUGACCAUCCAACAAUUUCAUAUACAGAAUCAACUUGUCAAGAAAGAGUUAUUGCAAAUUCUCUAAGCCAAUCAUAUAUAUCAUUAUUACCAGAUGAAAAAAAGCAAAUCUUUAUAGACCAAUUAAAAAGUAAUAUGCAAAAUUUUCAAGAAACCAAAGAUAAUAAACAGUUUAAUAUAGUUUAUAAAGUUGAUAUACAUUACACAAGAAAACCAUAA